GAGGAGAAGAAGAGGAGAGCUGCUGAAGAGGAGAAGAAGAGGAGAGCUGCUGAAGAGGAUAAGCAGAGGAAAGCUGCCGAAGAGGAGAAGAAGAGGAGAGCUGCUGAAGAGGAGAAAAAGAGGAGAGCUGCUUUGAUUGAGGAGCAGAGGCGAGCUAAACUGAUUGAGGAGCAGAUACUCGCUGAUAUUGCGGAAAAAGCUGCUCGGAUUUCAGAGGAGGAAAGGAUCAAACAGAUCCAGGAGCAGAAGAAAGCAGAGCAGAAUAUUGAAGAGCUAAGGGAAGAAAGACAUAAAAAGGAAGAAUGGAUGAGAACUCAGAGAGCUGUUGAAAAAGACAAAACAAUUAUAAAACAAAGAGAAGAACAGCAAGCCAAAGAGGAGAGAACCAGAAUCCUUGAGGAGAGCCAUGCAGCACUGAAAGAAGAGGAAAAGAGAGUAGCACGAGAAUGGAUGCUAGCUCAAAGAGACGACGAGAUCAGGGCUAAAACCAGAGGAGAGGAAAAGUUAGCAGCUCACAGAGAAAAGGAGAGAGCCACUCAGAUAGAGGAGCAAAAAAGAGCAGCGCAGAGGAUGGAUGCUCUCCAGUACUAUGCCAUCAGCUCAACAGAAUCAGAAAGAAAACCCAGAGAAAGACAACCAUGCUCCCCUUUACCAUCCCAACAAAGGCACAAUCCAUCAGGCCUUGGAUCACCUGAGGACUCUGGAGCCCAUACUAGGCCUUAUAGGCCACAUGCCCCUGCUUCUCCAGCUCCAUCUCUGCCCCACUCCAACACCCCCUCUCCUGCUCUGGGAGUCAAGCCCUCAAUGUUCAGGGUGAAGGAUAACACCAUCAGAGGUUCCUCUUUCAAGUCGGUCAAACCACGCCUCCAUAAGAACUUUGGAGAGGAUUUCCGAGUGGGUUCGCCGAUGGAGAGGAGGUCAGAGAGAAGAGAGGAAGAGCAAGAAAUAAUGAGACACAGUGCUGGAACUCCUGUCUAUCCGGACACAGGGUUAAACAGACUUGCUGCUAUCAAAGAAUCCUCCACUUUUCAGCCAGCAUAUUCAUCACAUGAUUACUCAGCCCUUCUCCCACAACACAGGCCUUACUCCAGGAGGAGCAUCGCUCUGGAUGAAGAUGACUCCCGAUCACUCAUCAGCAACAUGUCAGAGGAUGUGGAGAGUUUUGCCACCAGUGCAGCAGACCUGGCAGACAUACGAGGCCUCUAUGAUGGAGAGAGGCCGGAAUCAGCCUGUAGCUUUAGCAGUGAUGUCUCCCGUUCUUUGGGCAAGCCUCCAACUGUUCCCCCAAAGAGUGAGAAAGCCUUGCGCAGAGCCAAAAGGUUGACUACUCGGAGAAUCAAUAAGGAGUUGUCCAAAGCUGCAGCAGACAGCCCUGAUGGAGUUGAGAAAUCUCUUCAAGAAGCAUCAAAUAUUACUUCCUCCUCCUCCAAUGAGGUACGCUCCUCCAGCCGCCACGCUAUGGCUUCCUCCCAUUUUUCCUCACCUGUCUCCCUCGCUCAUGCGCCAACAUUGGGGUCUAGCUUGCUUUCUUCCCACACAGAGCACAAAUCUUCUCUCAGCUUCUCCCAUGCUUCCCCUCAUGCCACUGGUCCUAUCUCCAUCCCAGUUGCUUCACCUCAUGCUGCUGCCCCUGUUUCCCUCCCUGUUGCCACGCCUAAUGCUACUGGCCCUGCUUCCCACACUACUGCUCCUAAGACAAUUGCUCAUGUUUCCUCUUCUCCUACUCUCCAUAAUGCCAACCACCCAGCUCCAGUGACACAGUACCAUGUCGAGUCAAGCUAUCCCCAGCCUUACCCACUAACCCAACGUAAGGUGUUACAAGACCUCGGCUCUGGUCAGUAUUUUGUGGUGGAUGUGCCUGUUCAAGUGAAAAAGAAGACUUUCUUUGACCCAGAGACGGGAAAGUAUGUCCAGCUGAAUGUUCGCGAGUCGGGCCACAGCACCUCCAGAACCCAGCCCCAGCAGACGUACCCACAACUUCAGCUCCAACCCCAAAUGCAGGUCAAAUUUCAACAACCGCCCCAGGCCUCUCCAGCUGGCAAGCCUUUUGUGCUUUAUCAGGCCAACCAAAGUUAUGCCCAAGACUACCAACCUCUGCCUAUCAACUCUGUGCCCCGCAACAGGUCAUCAGCCCCUGUGACUCUCCACCAGGACCAACAGCCUGUCCGGGAGAGCCCCAACUAUGGUUAUCCAGCCCCUGAAAUGGGACAGAACUCUGAAGGGCAUCGCUACAGCCCAGAAAAGACUCCAUACAUGGACACAGUUAAUGCCCCAUAUGAGGCAUCCCCAGAGGCUGAAACAAACAGCCAGCUUGCAGGAAGCUCAGUAUGUGAAAAUGAUAACUCAGCCCACUCACAAUGUCAGCCCCGUGAUAUAAUAACUAUGAGUGAACUGGAGGACUUUAUGGAGGUGUCUGACUGGUGAGAACAAAGACUGGUAGCUGUUACUCAGCAGGGGUGGAUAAAUAAAGUAUUUGAUCAAAUAAAGAUCCAUUCAACCAAAAACACAGUAUGAAUGAAUCAUAAUAUGCAAUAUUUUAACUGUUUGUAAAUGACUUUGUGGAAAUAGUUUUUGGUUUGCAGUUUUAAAAGGGCCCUUGUGACAUAUUGUUAGAUUGAUGCUUUUGAUUUUGGAGAUUCACUGUUGAGCUAUUUAUUGUGUUACAGAGAAGUUCAUUCCAUUUGACUUUUGAAUGUGAGAAGCUAAUGUGUUUCUUGUGUAUACUGUAUGUUCAGUAUCCCAUUGCCUACUAAACCUAAAAGUAUGUUAUCACAUACUGUAACAUACAACACAGUGUGUCCACAGUGUUUAGUAGUUUUGAACACUGGCAGGCCUGCUUAAGUUUGCAAUUAUUUUUUUCUUGUUGAAGAAAUCGUACUUUUGGCACUUUGUGAUGCAUGAAAUAUUGUUAAACCCACAGUGUCAACUAAAUAUCUGCAGAUGGUGUAAAGCAUAGUUUGUGUAUUCAACCACGGUGUCAAAGUGAAAACCUGGUGAUGUGAUUAUUGCCAUUUUUAAGGUUUAUUUUCAUACUGUAGUCCAUUUUUAAAGUGGGAAGUGUGUGAGAAUAUUUCUGUGUUGCUGUGAAACAGAAUUGUGUGUCAUGGACUUACUCAGGCAAUUACAACACACUUGAUUCAAAUAAAUUAUUUCUCACCACAAUGACUGUCUUUCAAAAUCACAUUGUAAAGGUUAUAAAUAAACAAAAAGGAAAAAUA